AUGUCACUAAAGAACGGGAAUUCUGAGUUUCAGACGAGAAGUAGUAACGGAGGCGGCGGCGGAGAAGGAGGGGGAGGAAGCAAUGGAGAUUGUGUGGACACAAGGAGAAAAUGCCCUAUCUGGGCAGAUAAAGGUUUCUGCAAAAAUAAAGUUAAGAAAAUGAAAAGAUUCUGUAAGAAGAGCUGUAACUUUUGCGAUGGAGAAGAAGGAGGAGGCGGCGGUGGUGGUGGAGGAGGAGAAUCACGAAAAUGUGGAUUUAAACCAGGCGCACGAAUUGUCGGUGGAAAUGAAGCCCCAAAGGGAGCUUGGCCAUGGCAAGCUCAGGUCAGGACCCCUUCUGGUUUCACCUUUUGUGGAGGAACUUUGGUUCAUCCGCAGUGGGUUGUAACAGCAGCUCACUGCACCUCGAAAAAAUCCGCCUCCAGCAUUCGUGUAAGAAGUGUUAAUGCAGGUAGAUGUCCCGAUUGUCAGUCAAAGUGGAUGUAAAAGAGCUUAUGGAUCGUCAAUCCACGACUCCAUGGUCUGUGCUGGACUCGAUCGUGGAGGCAAGGACUCGUGCCAAGGAGAUUCCGGUGGGCCACUGGUUUGUGAAGAUGGUGGAAAGUUCUACUUAGAGGGUGUGGUUUCAUGGGGAAGUGGUUGCGCCUCCCCAGGGAAGUAUGGUGUCUACGCCAGGGUCCGUUACUUACGGCAAUGGAUUGACAAGCAGAUGAAUACCUAUUAGACAAAGUCUUAUGCACAAUAAAAGGCAUUCAAAACCACGAAAA